AUGAGUAAAACAGUUGAUGAUAAGUCACAAUGGUUGAACGAGCCACUUCAUGGGAUCUAUAUCCCAGUCGUGUUGAUGAUUGUUGGGAUCUCAAUCAUGAAUGUAUCAUAUUUACCUCAUGUUUUGUUAUUCUUAGCUCUUGUUAUCGAUAGAAGAAGUACAUUACAUCCUGAAAACUGGAGAGCUUUAGAAUUAUUAGAACAAACACUUAUUUCAAAAGAUACCGCUAUUUAUCGUUUCGCUUUAGGUAGAUCAGAUGAAAUCCUUGAUAUUCCUGUUGGUCAUCAUGUUGCUGCAAAAGUUGAAAAUGAUAUUCGUUACUAUACCCCAAUUUCUUCAAAAUUUGAUAAAGGAUUUUUCGAUAUUUUGGUCAAAUCAUAUCCAACCGGUACUGUUUCCAAACAUUUUGCAACUUUAAAAGCUGGCCAAACAGUUAAUUUCAGAGGUCCAGUCGGUAGAUUUAACUAUGCUACCAAUAGCUCUAAGGAAAUUGGUAUUGUUGCUGGUGGUUCAGGUAUUACACCAAUCUUACAAGUUAUUAGUGAAGUCACUACCACCCCAGAAGAUUUCACUAAAUUACAUUUGAUUUAUGCAAACAAUACUGCUAAUGAUAUCUUAUUGAAAGAAGAAUUAGAUGAAUUGAAUGAAAAAUAUCCAAAUAUUGAUAUUCAUUAUACUUUGUUGACUCCACCUGCAGACUGGGAAGGUGAAGUUGGUUAUGUUACUAAAGAAAUGGUUGAAAAAUAUUUACCAAAACCUUCUGAUGAUUCAAGAAUCUUAGUUUGUGGUCCUCAAGGUUUGAAAACUUUAAUGAUUAACAUUACAAAAGAAUUAGGUUUUAGAGAAGCUAAAAUGCCAUCAAAAGGGGAUGAUCAAGUUUUUAUCUUUUAA